AGGUGAGGUCUGCUCUGAAGCUCUUGUUUGUGACCCCCCCUCCCCUCCCCACACACACACACACACGCACACGCAAAAAGCAUUGCAGCGGCGGAGUAACUGUCACUUGAAAAGUCGCCUCUGUCAUACACACGCACACACAACACACCUCCCGACGAUCGACCCUGCGACGGCGUCUUCGCUUUUCCCGAACAGUUUUAUUCGAGUAUUCAAUUUACCUGUGCUUUUUUAACUCUCUUAUAUAUAGAAUUUAUUGUGUCUUUACCCCUUCCUUUCUGUGUGCGAAGGUGCCAGAAUCUUAUUUGCCGCACUUUUUCUUGUUUUCUCCGGCCAUCCCUUUCGUACCGUCGAUUGCAGCUAUCGUGGCGUUCUUGGGUUUCACCAGAACAACUCGGACACCUCCCCAACUAACAAAAUCAAAAAAGAGAAGAAACACGGCGAAAAGAAGAAAGCUAAACAAGCAAAACAAACGAGGAGAAAAGUCAUCAUGGCGCAGGUUGCAGAUGAGUCACGCGCGAUGGAGAGCGAGGUGUUCCGCAAUAAGUACCGCCGCAUCAAGUCGAUCGGACGGGGCAGCUUUGGCGAGGCCGUGCUCGUGCGCUCGAAGGCGGAUGGCAAGCGCUACGUCGCCAAGGCCAUCGACUCGACGUCCAUGACGUCGAAGGAGAAGCGCGAUGUGCAGAAUGAAAUCCGCAUUCUCUCGGCGGUGGACCACCCCAACAUCAUCCGCUAUCACGAGCACUUCGAGGACGGCUGUCUCAUUUUCAUCAUCAUGGAAUACGCCGACGGCGGCGAUUUGAACUCGCGCAUUAAGGAGGCGAAGAAGGUGGACCCGGCGCAGCCCUUCGACCCCAAUUUAGCGAUGUUUUGGUUUCUGCAGAUCUGCAUGGCGCUCAAGUAUCUGCACGACAACCACAUCCUCCACCGCGAUCUCAAGACGGCCAACGUCUUCCUCACUUCCAAGAACGUGGUGAAGCUCGGCGACUUUGGUAUUUCGACCAUCUUGCAGAACACGAUGGCGUGCGCCAAGACGGUGUGCGGCACGCCCUAUUACUUCUCGCCCGAGUUGUGCCAGAGCAAGCCGUACAACAACAAAAGUGACGUGUGGGCCCUCGGCGUCGUGUUCUACGAAACCCUUACCCUGCGCCGCCCCUUCAACGCCAAGUCGCUGAAGGAUCUCCUCAAGAAGAUCCUCAUCGGCCAGUACGAUUCGAUCCCGUCGACGGUACCGGUGGAGAUGCGCUCCUUGUGCGCCAGCCUGCUGCAGGUGAACUACAUGCAGCGCCCGAGCAUCAACCGUAUUCUAGAGAGCUCCUACGUGCAGAGCACCUUGCGCGGCUUCAGCGAGGACCUCGCCCGCCAGGUGGAGCGGGACAAGAUGGAGUUCGAGGCGAAGCAGCGCAAGGAGGAGGAGAAGCAGGUAAAGCAGCAGCGGACGCCGCCGCCGGAGCCGGUGGUGGAGCAGCCACCCGAGCCGGCCAAGCCGCAGAUGAGCGAGCGGGAGCAGAUGGCGGUGCUGCGCGACAUGGACCGCGGCAAGAUGAAGGCGAUGCUCGCGAAGCAGGCGGCGGAGGCGAAGGCGGUCCCGCCGGCGUCCCCGAAGCAGACGGCGGAUCAGACCAUCCACCCCGACGUGGACGACGACGGCGACUACAUCGCCCAGAAAAACGCCAUCGUAAUGCAGACGAAGGACAUCGUCGGAAAGUCGAACCUCGGUGGCCACCCGGAGGACUUCGGCGACGGCCCGGCCGACAGCGCGCCGCAGGUAGAGACGAUUACGCUGCCUAACGGGCAGACGGUGCUGGCCCGCGACGUGCGCGGCCACCUCGAAAAGGAGAUGGGGUCGAAUUUGCUCGACCGUGCGGUGGAGAUGUACAACGCGGGGGCGAUGAGCGGCCUCACGAACUCGGAGGUGCAGCACGAGCUGAACGCGCUAGUCGGGCCGAAGUUUGCGCACAACUCCAACGCCAUCACCAAAUUAGCCGUGUGGGAAGGUAAGCAGAAGGUCAUGAGCGCGUAG